AUGGGGUUACAGGGGAAGAAGAAAGGAAAGAGGGGGAGGAGGGAGGAGGGAAAAGGAGGGAGGAGGGAAAAAAGGGGAGGAGAAAGAAGGAAGAUAAAGAGGGAGGAAAGAAGAGAAUGGAGGGGAGAGGGGUGGUGGUGGUGUGUGAUGGGUGAUAAUGGUGAGCAGUGGGUGGAAGAGGAAAGGAAAGGUGUUCAAGAAGGACUGAAGAAGCUAACAAUCAAUGAUCAUGAUUCUGCCUCACCAGAAACUGAUUCAAAGGAUACUGAUGCUCAUAUAACUGAUAUCCUCAUAAAAGCUCUUCCACUAGAUCAAUUUGUGUCCUUGAGAACAAAAUUGGGCGUAAUCAGAGGAGGAUCUACUAGUGCCGGACGAUCCUUUAGACUUAGGGAUGAAGACAUUGAAAUUUUGGAACCACCUCCUGUGGCACCCAAAAAGAAGAUUGUAACUCGUGGUGGUAAGGUAAAGCAAACUGCCCAAAGAAAACUGGAUAUUCCAACUGCUGAAUCAUCUGAUGAGCAGUUGGAAGGACAGAGCUCUGAAGAAAACAUUGCUGGUGGAAAUGAGGAACCAGAACAGGUUGUCCAAGGUGAUAAAGCUGUCACAAGGUCCUCUGCUAAAAGAAAGAGGUCUGCAAAGAGGAAGAGCACUCCUCAAUCCAAGAAAAACCAGUUUUCUGAUCCCUCUGAUGAUCAGCAGAAUGAAGGAAACACCACUGGGAGUCAGAAAACUCCUGAACCCUCUACCAGGAAGUCUCCAACGACAAGAACUGAGGCUCAAAAUGUAGAGGCAUCUGCCACACAAACCUCAAACAGGAAACGUUCUGGAAAGGAUCCUGUGUCUCAGCCAGUAGAAGAACCCACUCCUCUUCCAAAAGUCAUUGAUGAUGAAGCUAGAGACAGAUUUGAGAAGUCUGCUAGCAGGUCCUUUGUAUCCAAUUCUGAAGUCAUUUCCUUGCUUGAAGACCUUAAACAGCAUGUCUUGCUUAUUGAAGAAGGACCAACUACUGGUACUGAGACUACACCAGCUUCCAGUUCUCAGCCCAAGGAUAAAGGCAAGGCUCCAGCAAUUGAGGAAUCAGAUGAAGAUAGUGAUGAAGAAACUGAGGAAGAAGAGGAUCCUGCACAGUUCUCAAGUGUGACACAGCUUCUUCAAUAG